UUUUAGGGUGUUUUCUGCUGAUAUUUGGGGGCUUUGGGGAAUAUUUUGGGAAUUCUGAAGAGUUGGGAGUUUUUUAGGGAAUUUUUAAUAUAUUUCUGGGAAUUUUAAGGGUUUGGUUGUUUGUAAUUUUUUUCAUUUUCUGGGUGGUUUUUGUUGGUGUUUGGGGGAAUUUUUUUGUGAAUUUUUGGGAAUUUGAGAAAUUCACGGUAGUCUGGGAAAUUUUGGGAAUAUUACUGGAAAUUUUGGAAGCAUUUUCAGGUUUAUUUUUCUUCUUUGAGCCAUUUUGAGGCUUUUCUCAGUUCUUGUUUUAUAUAAUUUUGCUUGUCAAUGCAAUUUAGGGGGGACUUUUUUUAAUUUUUGGGAAUUCUCUGUCCCUCUAGGCUCUCCCCAAUCCCGCAGCAUCUUGGGGAAUUUUCUGUCACUUUUUGGGUAUUUUUGGGGCUCUUUAGGGGCAUUUUCGGUGACUUUUGAGCUAUUUUUGCUAGUUCCAGUCACAGUCCCAGUGCCGGUACCGGUGCCGCUCUUGGUCCCGCAGUGCUCCCAGUGCCAGUCUCAGUCUCGGUCCCAGUCCCUGGGCGGUGCCAGUCUCGGUGCUGGUUCCGGUGCCGGUCUUGGUCUCAGUCUUGGUCCCAGUGCCAGUUCUGGUGCCGGUUACGGUCUCGGUCCUAGUCCUGGUGCCAGUGCAGUGCCGGUCUCUGUUGUGGUGUCGGUUCUGGUCCCAGUCUUGGUCUCGGUGCCAGUUCCAGAGCGGCGCCGCUCUCAGUGCCAGUCUCAGAUCCGGUGUCGGUCUCAGUCUUGGUGCUGGUGCCGGUUCUGGUGCUGAUCGUGGUCUCAGUCUCAGUUCUGAUCGCAGAGAUUUUAGGCCAGUUUGGGUGAUUUUAGGCCAAAAUGGGCAAACUUAGGGUGGAUUUUAGAUCCCUUUGGAUGAUUUUUGGUCCAUUUGGAUGACUGUAGGCCAUACUGGGCGGGUUUAGGCUGGGUUUUUGUGCCUUUUAUUGUGGAUUUUAGGCCCCUUUGGUUGAUUUUAGGCCGAAUCUUUUGGGGUUUAAUCCCAUUUGAGUGAUUUUAAGAUAAGCUGGGCAGUUUCAAGGUGGAUUUUAGAUCCUUUGGGAUGAUUCUAGGCCCAUUUAGGUGGGGUUUAGCAUAGUUUGGGUGAUUUUAGGCCAAAUCUGUCGGGUUUUAGGAGGUACUUUCCAUGCCUUUGGGUGAUUGUAAGCCAAAGCAGGUAUUUUCGGUGUUGAUUUUACACGAUAUUGGGAGACUUAAAUGUGAUUAGAGGCUGAUUUGUGUGGGUUUUAAACCAAUUUGGCCAAUUUUAGGCUCCUUUGGUUAAAUUUUGUACUCCUUUGGCUGAUUUUAACCCCAUUUAUCUGGUUUAAGGCCAAACCAUGUGGAUUUAGGGUGGAUUUUAGUGCCCUUAGGGUGAUUUAAGGCCACAGUGAGGGGAUUUUUGGUGAUUCGAGGCCAAACCGGGCCCUUUCAGGACUUUCAGGCCACGCCCCUUUCCCCUCACAGUUCCCGCCCUUUCUCUGACCCCGCCCCCACAGUUCGGGGCUGGGAACGGGGGAGGAGGAGAAGGGAGGAAGAGGCAGAGCGGCAGCAGGGAGCAGGAGGAGAAGGGCAGAGGAGGCAGAGGCGGCUCCAGCGCUCCCUGAACUCGCAGCCCCGCGGACCGCCCCCAUCCCGCAGACAAGGAGCUGAGCAUGGAGAGCAGGGAGGACAAAUCCCCACAGCAGAACCUCAUGGGAGAGGCCGUUUUGAGCGGCUCCACGGUGCAGGAAUCCAGUGGGGAGGAAAAGCCCCAGAGAUCCCUCAGGAGGAGGGUCUGCAAAGGCAGAUCAGGGGGAUGUGAGGAGGAAAGACCCACCCUGUGCUGGGAAGGCGGCCAGAGAUGGAGCCAGAGCUCAGAGCUGGUGGAGCAUGAGCAGCUUCCUGAUGGGGAGAAGCCCCACAAGUGCUUUGGAUGUGAAAAGAGCUUCAGCAAGAGGUCCAAGCUGAUCAAGCACCAGAGGAUCCACACUGGGGAGAGGCCCCACGAGUGUGAGGAAUGUGGGAUGAGCUUCAGCUGGAGGGAAUACCUGAUCCGCCACCAGAGGAUCCACACUGGGGAACGACCUUACAAGUGUGGGGAAUGUGGGAAGAGCUUCAGACAGAGGGAGCACCUGAUUCGUCACCAGAGGAUCCACACUGGGGAACGGCCCUACACUUGUGGGGAAUGUGGGAAGAGCUUCAGGCAGCGUACCAACCUGAUCCUCCACCAAAAGAUCCACACUGGGGAGAGGCCCUACAAGUGUUCCGAGUGUGGGAAGGGGUUUCGGAUCAGCACCAAGCUCCUGCUGCAUCAGCAGACACACACAGAGGAUUGGCCCUUCCACUGCCCCGACUGUGGGAAGGGGUUCACACACAACUCCGCUCUCAUCAUCCACCAACGCAUCCACACUGGGGAGAGGCCCUACGAGUGUGAGAAAUGCGGGAAGGCGUUCCCGACCAGCUCCAAUCUUGGCCGGCACCUGCGCAUGCACACGGAGGAGAAGCCCUUCUGCUGCCCCGACUGUGGGAAGGGCUUUCAACUCAACUCCAACCUCCUCAAGCACCGGCGCAUCCACACGGAUGAGAGGCCCUACGAGUGUGAUAAAUGCAGGAAGAGGUUUCAGACCAGCUCCAAUCUCCUCGUGCACCAGCGCAUUCACACGGAUGAGAGGCCCUUCCGCUGCGUCGACUGUGGGAAGGGCUUCACACAGAACUGCACCCUCAUCAUCCACCGGCGCAUCCAUACCGGGGAGAGGCCCUACGAUUGCUCUGAGUGUGGGAAGAGCUUCAGCCUGAGGUCCAGCCUGAUCAGGCACAAGAGGAUCCACACUGGGGAACGACCCUACAAGUGUGGGGAAUGUGGGAAGAGUUUCAGCCAGAGGUCUAUCCUGAUCUGCCACCAGAGGAUCCACACUGGGGAACGACCCUACACAUGUGCGGAAUGUGGGAAGAGCUUCAGGAACAGCACCCACCUGGUCCAGCACAAGAGGAUCCACACUGGGGAGAGACCCUACGAGUGUGGGGAAUGUAGGAAGAGCUUCAAGACGAGCUCUGAACUGAUAAAGCACCAGAUGAUCCACAGUGGGGAGAGGCCCUACGAGUGUCGGGAAUGUGGGAAGCGCUUCAGACAGAGCUCUGCCCUGAGUGCCCACCAGAGGAUCCACACUGGAGAGAGGCCCUACGAGUGUGAUAAAUGCAGGAAGAGGUUUCAGACCAGCUCCGAUCUCCUUAGGCAUCAGCAGAUUCACACAGAGGAGAGGCCCUUCCGCUGCCCCGACUGCGGGAAGGGCUUCAAGAGGAACUGCACACUCGACAGGCACCGGCGCAUCCACACUGGGGAGAGGCCCUACGAGUGUGAUAAAUGCAGGAAGAGGUUUCAGACCAGCUCCAGUCUCCUCCUGCACCAGCGCACACACACAGAGGAGAGGCCCUUCCGCUGCCCCGAGUGUGGGAAGGGCUUCAAGCAAAACUCCACCCUCACGAAGCACCGGCGCAUCCACACCGGGGAGAGACCCUACAAUUGUAAGGAAUGUGGGAUGAGCUUCAGAUGCAGCUCCAACCUGAUCUGCCAUCAGAGGACCCACACUGGGGAACGGCCCUACGAGUGUGCAGAGUGUGGGAAGAGCUUCAGACAGAGGAAACACCUGAUCCAGCACCAGAACAUCCACACUGGGGAAAGGCCCUACAAGUGUAGGGAAUGUGGGAAGGGCUUCAAGCACAGCGCCAACCUGAUUGUCCACCAAAAAAUCCACACUGGGGAGAAGCCCUACGAGUGUUCCGAGUGUGGGAAGAGCUUCAGCAAGAGGUCCAGCCUGAUCAGCCACCAGAGGAUCCACACUGGGGAACGACCCUAUGAGUGUGAGGAAUGUGGGAAGAGCUUCAGAGUCAGCUCCCACCUGAUCUGUCACCAGAUGAUCCAUACUGGCAAGAGGCCCUAUGAGUGUGGGGAAUGUGGGAAGAGCUUCAGAGUCAGCUCCCACGUGAUUGCCCACCAGAGGAUCCACACUGGGGAGAGGCCCUACGAGUGUGAUAAAUGCAGGAAGAGGUUUCCCACCAGCUCCCAUCUCCUCGUGCACCAGCGCACGCACACGGAUGAGAGGCCCUUCCGCUGCCCCGACUGCGGGAAGGGCUUCAGACGAAACUCCACCCUCAUCAGACACCAGCAAAUCCACACUGGGGAGAGGCCCCACGAGUGUGAGGAAUGUGGGAUGAGCUUCAGCCGGAGGGAGCACCUGAUCUGCCACCAGAGGAUCCACACUGGGGAACGGCCCUAUGAGUGUGGGGAAUGUGGGAAGAGCUUCAGACAGAGGGAACACCUGAUCCAGCACCAGAACAUCCACGAUGGGGAAAGGCCCUAUGAGUGUGAGGAAUGUGGGAAGGGCUUCAGACAGAGAGCCAAUCUCAUGAGCCACCAAAGGAUCCACAGUAGGGAGAGGCCCUACAAGUGUUCCGAGUGUGGGAAGGGGUUUCGGAUCAGCACCCAGCUCCUUGUACACCAGCGCACACACACAGAGGAGAGGCCCUUCCACUGCCCCGACUGCGGGAAGGGCUUCAAGUACAACUCCACCCUCAUCAUGCACCGGCGCACACACACUGCCAAGAGGCCCCAUGAGUGUCCCCAGUGUGGGAAGAGCUUCUCACAGAGCUCAGCCUUGACCAGGCACCAACAGAGGCACCGGUAAGGGAAGCCCUGUGAGUGUCUCCAGUGCAGGAAGAACUUCACGCCCUGCUCCAGCUCCAUCCCCCAUCAGAGCACCCACAUUGGUGAGAGACCUGGUCACCUACAUUCCCCAUGACCCACACUGGGAAGACACCUGGUUGGUGGUCUCCCUAUUGUUCUGGAUCUUCUCAGGUACCUGUGAAUGUGAUGUUUGGGAGGAUUUGGGGGUUCUGAAGGGAUAUGGAAGAGUUUUCUCCAUUCACUUCACAUUCCAGAAGAUGAGAGGCCUCAAUCCAUCACCUCAAAACCAUUGAACCCUACUGAGAAAGGUUCAGUGCAGCCUCAAAAUGUCUCAUUGCAAUUCCAAAAUUACUUGAUCCUAUAGCCCUCUCAGAAUCCCCAGGAGGGGUCAGAUGAGCAUUUCAGAGGGUUGGGAUGGAUUAGGAGGGGUGUGGUGGGGGGUGGUGGGCAUUGGGCUGGGGGCAGGGGUUUGGAAUGAAGAGCUGAAGGUUGGGGAUGAUGAGGCCAGGGGGAAUCUCCUUUCUGGGUAUCCUGUAUCUCUGAGGGGGUUUGGGUUUUUGGGUACUCCCCAGUCUUGAGGAGGCGACAUAGGGAGGUAGGGGAGGACAUAUGCUUCCAGCACUUGGAGUGAGCACCACAGGGAGGGAAAUGUUGAGGCCAUUUUGGGGAAGAUGCUCCUACUUUUUCCCACUUUUGCAGGUUCUAAAUGGCUUUUGGAGUUUUCCUGCUAAAUUCAGGAAGCUGACAUCCCCUCCUCAUUUUGUGACGGUGAGGAGACACCAAUUUUGGGGAGAUCCUGCUGCUUUCCACCAUUUUAUGGGAGAUAUAAAUGGCUUGUGGGCCCCCUGCCUCAUUCUGGGAGGUUGGGGUGACCCCGUGGUUCCACUGCUGUCUGAGGAAAAGCUGUGACUCCCAGUUUGGGUGGUUUUAGGCAGCUUGUGGGGGUCCCACGUUUGACAGAGGGAGUGUCCUGACUGCCCCCAGCUCCCACUCCAGAGCAGCCUCUGGCCAGUCAGAGGGUGUGGUGGUGAUGACUCUGCAGUUGCCAUAGAGAUGUGCAGAGACCACAACACUUUGAAGCCAAUCAGAAAAUGCACAAAGUGGUUUUUACUCAAUCAGAGCUUUUCUCCCCAGUGACUCCUGUACUGGUUUUGCACUGCCUGGUUUUUGGUAGCAGGGGCCACAGAGGUGGCUUCUGUGAGAAGCUGCUGGAAGCUUCCACCGUGUCCAGCAGAGCCAGUCCCUGAUGUCUGUGAGGAUGGACACGCUGCUGGCCAAAGCUGGGCCAAUUAGAGAGGCUGGAAACGCCUCUGUGAUGACAUUUCAGAAGAAAAUCAAAACAAAGGCACACAGUUUUUCCUCAGAGAAGAGGAGGGGGUGAGAACAUGUGAGGGGGAACAACAUGGAGACACCAAGGUCAGUGGAGGAGGAGGAGCAGGAGGGGCUCCAGGCACUGGGGCUGAGAUUCCUCUGCAGGCCAUGGUGAAGCAGCUGAGCCCCUGCAGCCCGUGGGGAUCCAUGGGGGAUGCAGAGAUCCACCCACAGCCCAUGGGGAUGCACGGGGGAUGCAGAGAUCCACCCACAGCCCGUGGGGCCAUGCCCACGCCACAGCAGGUGGAUGUCUGGAGGAGGCUGUGAUCCGGUGGGAGUCCCGGUGGAGAGUGGGGCCCUGCUUCCAGGCUGGAGCAGCCUGUCCUUGGGGGACUGUGCCCCGUGGGAAGAGAGACCCACGUUGCAGCAGCUUUGGAAGAACUCUUUGCCUGUGGAGAGGAAUUGACAUUGCAGGAGGUGCAGUAGGACUGCUGCUCGGGAGAGUGGACUCAUGUUGGAGGAGUUCACAGUGAACUGUCUCCCGUGGGAGGGACCUCACAGUCUCACAGGAGAGGGACUCCUCUCCCAGAGCAGCAAAAGAAAAUCUUGGUGAUGAACUGACCACAACCCCCAUGCCCUGUGUCCCUGCACUGUUACUGGGAAGGAAGGAGGGGCGGAGGAGAAAAAUGGUGUUUUAAGGGUUUGUUUUACUUCUCAUUAUCCUCUGAUUUUGUUAGUAAUAAAUUCACCUUGCAAGUCAA